CAAAUCACUGUAUGCCUGGAAGAGCCAGCUUUUCCCAGCCCUUAACCUUCCCAUACUGAGUGCUGCAGCUCCAGAAGCAGCAGCAGCAGCAGCAGCACAGUCUGUGUGUAUGUGUGUUGAGUGUGUGCAAUGUGAGAGAGGGAGGAUUUUCUUUCUUUCUUUCUUUCUUUUUUUAUUAAUCAGGAGCACUGAAUGGAAACCAAUCAGAUAGAGAGCCCCCUCAGCUUCAGCUCCCUGCAUGCUAGAGUUAAAAGUGAUGCUGGGAGAGAGGGAGCCCCACUUAGAUGUCAGUAGAUUCAGCAGUGGAGGUGAGAGGCAAGAGAGGAGAAAAGCAGGCAGAGAAGCAGCCCUGCUACCACACUGACCACUGUAUUACUGAAUGAGAACUGAGCACUUGUCCUCUUUCUUCUCUUCUUACCGACUCACAGGAUGGUUUGGGGUUGGAAAGGAUCUCUGUUGGGCCAUCUGCAUCGUGUCUCUACGUUGUAGUGACAAGGCUGAUAAAAUGAUCAGUUCCUAGAAGAGCACAGCCAUCCAGCCUAUGGUUAAGUGAAACAGUGUGUUCCAGCUCUAGCUUGACUUUUAAGCAUGCCAUCUAUGUGGAGUACGUUUAACAAUGUUCAAUUUCUAGUGCAAUCUCACAAUAUUAAGGUUUAAGAAGAUGAGGAAACUGUGUAUGGAUCUCUCUGGAAAAAAUGGCCAAUUACUAAAUGACAGGGAUUCUUUGAGAUUGCAAAGAACAUUAAAAACAUAAGAAGGAAUGAGGCAGGAUCCUGUACAGUAAAGUAGAUCUCUUUAAGGACAAGAAAGAAAUCAUUGCUUGGACCUUUUUCUGCUGUCAUAAUGAGAACUUACCAUUGCUUCUGGUUGCUGCUUUGGAUUGGGCAGCACCAUCAAAGUUCCUCAACUCCAUUAUCCAAAAGGACUAGUGGCUUCCCAGUAAAGGAAAAGGUCUUGGAAGUGUCUGGAAAUAACAGGAAGGAGCUUAAUCGUUCCAAAAGGAGCUGGAUGUGGAAUCAGUUCUUUCUCUUGGAAGAAUACACAGGAUCUGACUAUCAGUACGUUGGCAAGCUGCAUUCAGACCAAGAUAAAGGAGAUGGCUCACUUAAGUACAUCCUUUCUGGAGAUGGAGCUGGAGAUCUUUUCAUUAUCAAUGAAAACACUGGAGACAUACAGGCUACAAAGAGACUAGACAGGGAAGAAAAGCCUGUUUAUAUACUUCGGGCCCAGGCAAUAAACAGGAAGACUGGAAAACCAGUGGAACCAGAGUCUGAAUUCAUCAUUAAGAUCCAUGACAUCAAUGACAAUGAGCCAAUGUUUACAAAGGAUGUUUACAAUGCCAGCGUUCCAGAAAUGUCAGAUGUCGGUACAUUUGUUGUGCAAGUCACUGCAACCGACGCUGAUGAUCCUACUUACGGCAACAGUGCUAAAGUUGUCUACAGCAUUCUCCAGGGACAACCAUAUUUCUCAGUUGAGUCUGAGACAGGCAUUAUCAAAACUGCUUUGCUGAACAUGGAUCGAGAAAACAGGGAGCAAUACCAAGUGGUCAUCCAGGCCAAGGACAUGGGUGGACAGAUGGGAGGAUUAUCAGGGACCACCACAGUGAACAUCACACUGACUGAUGUCAAUGACAAUCCACCUCGCUUCCCACAGAGCACAUAUCAAUUCAAAACACCUGAGUCUGCCUUACCUGACUCACCGAUUGGUAAGAUAAAAGCUAACGAUGCUGAUGUGGGUGAAAAUGCCAAGAUUGAAUACAGUAUUACUGAGGGGGAUGGAUCAGACAUAUUUGGGAUCAUCACUGACAAAGACACACAGGAAGGAAUUAUAACUGUCAAAAAGGCUUUAGAUUUUGAAAAGAAAAGGCUGUAUACUCUGAAAGUGGAAGCUACCAAUACUCACGUAGAACCACGAUUCCUCUACUUGGGGCCAUUCAAGGACUCUGCUACAGUUAGAAUUUUGGUGGAGGAUGUGGACGAGCCACCAGUGUUCAGCAGACCAGCAUAUAUAAUAGAAGUUAAAGAAGAUGCUCAGAUAAACAGCGUUAUAGGAACAGUGUCAGCUCAAGAUCCUGAUGGUGCCAAGAAUCCUGUCAAGUAUUCUGUAGAUCGGCAUACUGAUAUGGACAGAGUAUUCAACAUCAAUUCUGGAAACGGUUCAAUAUUUACUUCAAAACCCCUUGACCGGGAAACAGUGCUGUGGCACAACAUUACAAUAAUAGCAGCAGAGAUCAACAACCCAAAGCAAAGCAGCCGUGUCCCUGUGUUCAUUAAGGUUUUGGAUGUAAAUGACAAUGCCCCAGAGUUUGCUAUGUUUUACGAGACCUUCGUCUGUGAAAAUGCAAAGGCAGAACAGCUGAUACAGACCCUAAGUGCUGUUGAUAAGGACGACUCAUUUGGUGGACACCAGUUUUCAUUCUCCCUGGCUCCUGAAGCAGCCAGUAGUUCAAACUUCACGCUACAGGACAACAGAGACAACACAGCAGGGAUCUUCACCCGAAAAAACAGAUAUAGCCGACAUGAAAUGGGUAUGUACCUCCUGCCUGUGGUAAUAUCAGACAAUGAUUACCCUAUCCAGAGCAGCACAGAAACAGUGACUAUCCGAGUGUGUGCCUGUGACCAUCGGGGGAAGAUGCUGUCAUGUAAUGCAGAAGCAUUAAUCCAUCCCACUGGCCUUAGCACAGGAGCUUUGAUUGCCAUUCUCCUCUGCAUCAUUAUAUUACUAGUUACAGUGGUGUUGUUUGCAGCUCUGAGGCGGCAGCGAAAGAAAGAACCUUUGAUUAUUUCCAAAGAGGACAUCAGAGACAACAUUGUCAGUUACAAUGAUGAAGGUGGCGGAGAAGAAGAUACCCAAGCUUUUGAUAUUGGUACACUGAGAAACCCUGAAGCCAUAGAAGACAAUAAAUUACGCAGAGACAUCGUGCCAGAAACACUUUUUAUGCCACGCCGGACUGCAGCAGUACGAGAUAACACUGAUGUCAGAGAUUUCAUUAACCAAAGGUUAAAGGAAAAUGAUAUAGACCCCACUGCACCCCCAUAUGACUCUUUAGCAACCUACGCAUAUGAAGGUAAUGGCUCCGUUGCAGAGUCCCUCAGCUCCUUGGAGUCGGUGACUACGGAUGGAGAUCAAGACUAUGAUUAUCUCAGUGACUGGGGGCCUCGGUUUAAAAAAUUGGCUGAUAUGUACGGCGCUGUGGACAGUGACAAAGACUCUUAAUAUGUUGCCUUUUUCAUUUCCAGAAACAGCAUUGAGAUACGUGAAGUGGUUAUUUCUUUCUCUAUAUCCACAGCUCAGAAAAGGAUUCUCUAUUCUACCAGUUCCAAUUGUCUAAAGACUGCAGUCUGUGUGAAUCAAAUGUCAGAAAACUUUUUUCUAGUAUAAUUUUAUGAGCUUCCAAGAGGCAAGAUUUUUAUUUUUUAGUUCACCUUAUUUACCAAGCCAGUCAUACAGGCACAGAAUAAGCAGAGGCAAAUGGCAAUUGGAGGAGAGCAAUAUUUUUACUUGUUCUGCUUAUAUUGUAAAUUAGAGUAUAUUACUGUUCCAUCUCACUUAACCUUUUUACUGUAUUCAGAUUAUACAGUUCAGAUGACUGCUCUGUCGAUUGUGUAUUGCACAUCCUAAUGUAAUGAGGUAUUACAGUUUAACCUAAAUAUUAUAGUCAAAAGUAACACUGAUGGAAUGAAGGUUUAUUAUACAACUAGAGUCAGCUGAAAAGACUAUAAGGACAAGAUGAGAGUAAAUCUUAUUCAUGAAUUUAAAAAGGUCUAAUGGCCAUUUAAAUAUAAGCAUUUUCUUUGAACUUGCCAUUUCCCUCAAGCAUAAAACCACAAUAACACAUUACAUAUAAUUCUCUGUAGACCACUGUGUGUAUAUUCUUUUGACCUAGCAUUCAUAGGGAAAUGCUAUAUGAUCCACAGUGUGUGAAAUCUAUACCUCGAAGGGCAGUAUUCCUAGGGACUAGUCCAGUGCUAACACCAUCUCUGUGACACCGUGCAAGUCAUCUAAUCACUUGGGGCUAGAUUGUGACUUGGAGUAAGCCUUCACAAGGAACAGAAUGUAGCUGUGCUGUAUCCUAUACUAGGCACAGACUAUUUCCCCCUGUACAUCUGUGGUGGCCAGCAAGUUAGUGAGAUGGAGUCAGACUCCAGUCAUUCCUCUGCUUACCCAUAUGUGUAGGAAGUGAAUGACAGCCCUAAAGAGACUGCCACCCUCAGGCUUUGCAAGUACAAAGAAGUAAAGAGGUACCCUACAUCCUUAAGUUCAUAUACAAUUUGAUUUGCUGAUUCCAUUUUUUGACGUCAGUAAAUUGGAAGGAUACUGCUUGUGUCACAGGGAUGUUGCAAGGAUUAGAUGGAUACAGUUUCAAACCUUCUUUGAAGAUGGAAAGAUCGAAAAUAUUUUCACAGUAAGUCACUGCUAAUCAUUUUUGUAACUACAAGCCCUGAAUGCGGAAAUAAAUAGAAAUCAUUCAGCAUUCCAGUGGUGAGAACAAAAGGGUUUAAUACACUCUCCUUGCUAUGUGUGUCAACCAGUGUUCAAGAUUUCAGGAGAGAGCAUUUGAAACAGAUGGUUUCUUCAUUUUAUGUGCCAAGCCAAGAGAAGCCAUUUCUUGUUCAAGGGAAAACAAUGAUGCUAUAGUACUUGGUACAGGCUGAUAUCUCCCCUUUACAAUUCAAGUGCAUGAUGCAAAAGUAAUCAACAAAGUAUUCUUUCUUUUAGGAUGUCAAGGGAAAUAUGUAACCAAUACUUUUCUAAUUUAGUUCCUGAAUUACUCUAUCAAAGGACCAUAUUACCACUUUAACAAAACUAGUUAUUUUUAACGUAUGAAAAAAAACCCUGAAGUUUCUCUUUAUAUAUUCAAUUGUAUCUUAAGGUUUAAAUUCCACUCAAUAGGGUUUUUUUUUUCCUUUCCUUGAAACCAUAAAUAACCAUAAAUAAACCAUAAAUAACUCAGUUUGAACAAAAACCAAAAACUUAUUCCUUUAUUCAACAAUACAAAGACCAGACCGAACUUAAAAGUCAGCAAAUUAAAAGGGACAAAGGGAAACAAAUACCAUAUAAUCUGUGGGACUCAUUGCUUCAGGAAUGUUAAUUAUAGGUUUAAUGAGAUUCCAAAAAGAAUUAGACAUAAGUAUAAUUUUUUUGGUAAAAUAUCAAGGAAAUAAAGUAAAAAGAUAUCAGCCUUGGUACAUCAAACUGAAUACCAACUUGGCUUAGAAGGAAAUCUCCUCCCAGUUCAAUGUGAUUACACAACUGAGAGUUUGAAGCCAAAUUUCUACAAAUACCCAGGGUCCUGACAAUGUCGACAGAUGCUUAAUGGAAUAUUCAAACAUGCAUAAGGUUGAGAAGAUCAAAGGCACCUUUAUUUCAGAUGUCAAAGGAACUUGAUAUCAAGGAGUUAUGUACUUAAAUAUCUUUGAAGAUCUGGACCUUAGUGCCUAAUGCAACAAUCAGAGUUAGAGGACUAGACAUUUUGAAAAUCCCAUUAAGCACAUCUUCUCUUUAACCACCUAAAUUCCACUAGAAAUCAGGCUUGUUAUGCUUUCCCUUAACUAAUGUUACAUUAGCCAUUAUUUGGGGCAAAAAGUUAGAUGCAUCACUGGCCUGUUCUGGUAAAAUACAUUACUUAUGUUCUUAUAGGCUAAAGCGUUAGGUCUGAAUUAGUGAUAUGUAGUAGCAGUUCAGGCUACAAUUUUGAUUUUUAUUGACAGAUCGUUUUAUCUUGUCGGUAAAAUGACAUAGUAACUAGAGAAUGGGCCAUUCAUGCUUGUAUGAACAGAUAUAAAACUGUGUCAUUUACUGAUACCAAAAUUAUAGUGACAAACUGGGUAUGUCUACAUGCGCAAUUAAUGUAAAAUAAUAAACUAUGGAGUUUAUUGCUCCUGCAUGUGCCAUUUGAACAUAUACCUGGGACCGUAGCAUGUUGAGUUAGCUGGAAGGGGGCUCAGGGAUUAGCCCGUUAGUCCAGGAUUUCUUCCUCCCUGGCUCAAUGUGCUGCAAAGGGACUGGCUGGGGCAUGAGGGUGCUCCAGUGCAGGGAUAGCUGGCAGGCAGCCUAAUCAGUGUCUACACAUGCACUUCUAUGGAGUAAAAAACUUGACAGCAGGAUAGCACCUGUAAAUACUUGUAUUUACAGGUGCUAUCCUGCUGCAGGAUUAAUUAGUUUACUCAAGCCUAAUUGCCCUGCACAUGUAGACACCAAGAAAUUUACUGUGGAGCUAAUUAGUCAACUCCACACUAUAUGUUUCAUGUAGAUGGGCCCACUGAGUAGCAAAUACAUUCAUCUAAGAAAUUCUGCUGAGGCAGGUGCGUACAUACUCGCACCUUUUUCUUUUUCCAUUCAGUUUAUAAGCAAUGAUUUUUUUCUCAAAUGAGAUGUACGUAGUAUCUCAUCUAGCAAAAGGUGACAAAUUCAGCCUUUUCUAUUUCCUUCACAGCUUGGGUUGGCAACUUAUGGCCCACAGGCCAUAUUCAGCCUGUGGAACCUUUGGAUCUGGCCCAUGGACAUGGAGCUUUGGUGGUGGGUGUUGCCUUCUUUGGGCACUCUCUCUGUGUCACAGUAUGGAGGAGUGCUGGCCACAGGCACUUUCCCCAUGCUGCUGGCAAAAUAAAUGGUGAUGGCAGCAUCCUAGCACCUGCCCACCUCUGACCAUAUCUUGACUCAUUCUGGCCCACAGCCAGAAAAGGUUACCUAUGGGUGUCCUGGUACCACAUUAUCCUUUAUCUCUUGUACUACAACGUGCAAUUAAAGAAUACCAGUUCUGAACAACAAAUAUUUCAAGUGCCAUAUUACAAUAAAGAAAAUUUGCAGUAAUAUUUGCAUUUCAGCUUGUACUAUUAGUGGAUGAAAGGACUAUGCCAAACUAACUCAUGAGCAGCGAAAGGCAGUUAGCAGUGUUAGUCUAAAGUAAGGUAGAAGGCAGAGUAGAGAUACACUUUAUAGAUUAACUUAAUCAGAGAUGCCUAAGCUUUCAUGAGCAAGAGCAAAAGCAACAGCUCACUUUGUGCUAUCAAAUUUAUGCACCUCUGAUUCAAUGGCCAUGUCCAGAUGAGCACGGCCGUGCAGUAUGUGACCGUGCAGACAUGUCUGCAGUUCCACAUACCACACGUUCAGUUGUUCUCCAUGCUGCAAGGGGGCAGCAUGGAGGGGUUUUUUUGACCUGUGGAAAAAGUGAAGUACACAUGGGGCAGCAAAAUGUGCUGCCCGAAGCUGGAGCCUGGCCAGCUGGAGCCACACGCCACUACUGGCCAGGCUUCGCGUGGCAGGACUGCCACUGUUACAGCCCCAGGAGGCCCCCAGGACCACAGGUAAGGCUGCUGGGGCCAGCCCAGUGCCAGCCCCAGUCUCCCCUACCCCACCUGGGGUAACUUGCCAUGCGCCAGAGUGCAUGUUGCACAGGCAUUCCCCAUGGACAAAUGUCCCCAGGGAACCAAACAUUCACACAUGUCUGUGUGCAGCCAUGUAGUCUAUAAACUGCAUCUCUGCCACAUCUUUUACCUUAAUUCAGAGACUAGAAUGCUAAAAUUGUCAUUUGUAGACAAAUGAGUGUCAGAUUACAGCCUGCAAGCUGGGUUUCUAGGCUGUGUCAAGAUAAUGGAAUGCUGCCCCAAUCAAACAUGUAUCUUUUCAAGUGAAAGGAGACUUUGAAAUAAUACUAGAUUCAGCUGAAUUAUUUGGUUUGGGUAGUGAUAAACUGGAUGAUUAACAACAGGAAAGCUAUUGAAAGAUAUAGAGUAAGUUUAGGGUGAAGAGGAACUAUGUGGUUGUCUACACAGGCAAGUUUUCUAGCAUAGCUAUAGCAGAAUUAUUAUUCUGUGAUGGUUACUUCAGUAUUAUUCUCUCCGUGGGUACUUCAUUCUAGAAUAAAAGGGAUUAUAUUCCGAACUGGGGCAAUUCUUUAGAAAUAAACUGUCAGCCUGGGGAGUUGCACCAAAAUAGCUUCUGCAGAAUCAUUAUUCUUCUACAGCUAUUCAGAGAAAUUUCUCUCUCUAGAUAAGAUGACUCAAGGCAGGAUCCUGAAGGAACUCAGUGUAGGGGAGUCCCAGUGUCUACUUCAAGCCCCACUAACUCCAUUACAGGAGGGGAGUUCUAGUCCCACAUCUAACAUUAAUUAAUAUGCUGUCUGAUUAUGAAGAAAUCAUAUCUCUUUGAAUUUCAUCUUCCAUUGUUGUAAACCAGGAUGAAAUGUAAAACUCCCACUUUGUAAAGCACUUGGAGAUCUGCAGAUUUUAAGGCAAUACAUCAACCCCCAAAGUAACAUUUUCUAAAUUAUUCCUAGGAGAUAGGAUAAACAUGCCCAUUUUACAUCUAAUUUAGUAUAAUUUCUUACUUGAUUCUAUGUAUUUUGUAUUUCUUAAAUGUGGAAAAAAAUUAAAAGGUAUGUUGACAUCUCCGAAAUUUUCAAGUAAAAAGGUGCACCUUAAGGCACAACAUUAGCAUCUAUAAUACUAUUGCAGAAAAAAAUGAAUUGGAUCUUUAUAGCUUCCAUGUUGGUAGCUAAUAUUGAGCAAUAUGGCAACAUUAGAUAUGGAAAUCUGUAUGUGUUGGUGCGUCUCUGUGAGAGAAGGGGAGCAAAUAAUGAGCAUUUAAAAUUAGGCACAUUCUAAAUGAGAAACCUCAAUGUUCACUGGGGACAACAAUGGUCAGUUGGUUCCUUGUGGCCUGCUCUAAUACUUCCUGAGUUCUUCCUGAAGCCAAUUUUCAUGAGCAAGACUGAGCCUCCUCACAAUCUUGUUCUUGCAAAAUAAGAUUCAGUGAAAAGCUCUAGGAAGCAAAGGUCCCACAGCUCAAUAAUAUAAACUGCUGCAAGUCAGCACUGUAAGUUUUUAUUUUUAUUAGUAUGUUUUACUUUUAUAUAUUAGUUACAUCUUGAUGAUGUCUGAUCUGGAUGCUACCCUAUCAGCAGAUGAUCCAAAGUCCCUGUGGCCUACCAUACAACACUGCAUGGUAGGCCACUGUAUGGUUUGGUUUUUUUAAUCAAAUAAUGAGACCCAACUAAUUAACAGUUGGGAUGAGUGCAAACUGUUUCAUAGAUUGUGAAAUGCAGUUCUCCUUUUAGCCCUUUACAAAUUGUGGUGCCACAGCUUCCUCCAGUGAAAGACAAGCCCACACAGCCUUUUACUAUUUGAAAAGAAUGAUUUUUCUAAAAGAGGUUUGUAUAUAUAAACAAGUGAGGCAAAACCAUAAUUAAAGUCUACAGCUUCAUGAGUUGUUCUAUUAGAAGGGACAUACAGUAGCUGGCUCAUGUGUAAAAAUUGAUGAAGCAAAGUAUCUUGUGUAUUUUAAUGCCCUUGAUUUAUGGUCCCUCCCUGGCAGUUUAAUUUAGGCACAGCUGAAACAAUGUUGAACUUGUUCAUCAGUUUGCAAUACCAAACUUAUAGUCCAAUCUGACAUCCUUUGCACAUCCAAUACUUCCCUUGGUUAUUCAGGAAAUCUAGCACUGGAUAUUUAAGGUGCACAUUAGGGAUUUGAUUUCUUUGUAAAGAAGUCGAGGGUAGGGAGUUGCUGGGAGGGGAGCAGGGAAAAUGGUUAUAUUGGGAGACAUAUUGUGUAAUCCGUCAUAUGCUAGGCAGGACCAUGGCAUUUAAAGCAGCAGGACCAUCAUAUUAUGCAUAGAGUUGUUAGAUUUCAUAUGAGCUUUUAUUGUAAUUGCUGUUUCUUUUGUGUGCGUUUAUUUAAAACACGGGCCACAAACUUCAAUUUCUCCCUCAGUGGGGUUGAUUUGAUAAGGCAUAAGCCCAGCAUAUAGGGAAAACCUUUCCACUCCAUUGGGCUCUUGUCCUUUACUACAAGACUGCACUAUCGAUGUAAAUACAUCCGGAAACACUUUCUAUAAGCUUUUAGUUUUCUAUGAUCUAUUAGGUUAGUGUUUAUUAAAGAAACAAAUGUAUAGAAUUAUUAGGCAUUCAGGUGAACACAACAAAGAAACAAAACAGAAAACAUUAAAUUGUUAUGGAUUUUGACAAACAAAAAAUUCUUCAACAUGUCUGUACUGUUUUAUUUCUGUGAUGACUUUCAUUGCUUUGAAAAUUAAACUUUAAAGAGAAAAAAAGGCCUUAUAAUAAAUGCUAUGUGCAUCUUAACUGUGCUACUGAGCUGAAUCAAUCUGGUAAACUCCUAUUGUGAUUUGUGAUUUUUAAACCCCUAAAAUAAAUGCUUUUUGGUAUUGAUUUUUUUAAUUAAAAAUACUUCCAAGCAUAAAUUGAAACUGAUGACACCACUUGGGAAGAUAUACUAGCUGGCGUGCUCUAGUCAUACAGUCGCUCUCAACAUCACUCCCUGGUUCAGCAGUGGGACCAGUCAGAUGGAACCAGUCACCAUUCAGAAAAAAGGAGCAUUCGUGGGUGAUAAGAUUUUCAUCACUUAGAAAGUGUACAUCUGGAAGGUCCUUUACAUUACAAAGAGACCCCCCGCUGGAACAAUUACCUUUAUUGCAGCAUGGCUGGUCCAUUUGUUAUGGUCAGAUGGCAAAUGUGCACUCUUUCCCCCUUAUAUUUCUUGUUCACUGUAAUAGCUUUUUUUGGUUGAGAUUUAAGGAUUUAAUGAGAAACCAAUUUGAACAGUGAUUUCUCACAGAAAGAGCAAAUUUGCCUUUUUGCAAAUCGAUUUUUGUAACAAGUUAUUUAUAUGAUACUACUUAAUAAAUUGUUUUUUUCUAA